AUUCGAAAAGGAAAAUAACCGAGGUCUUGCUCGCUGGGCUGGUCGGCCUGGCACCGCAACGUGUGCAGUUACAGAUACGGGUAGUCUCCGACUGAGGACGGGUUCCUUUCCGACGACUCCAGCUUAAGUCGAUUCUGAGGUAUAUGAGGGAUCAUACGGCUUGGUUUACAUGGUGACUUAACGAAGGUUGUCUGAAGAAGGUGCUAUUAUUCUUGCAGAAUGGAAUCUAAUUUGAAUCAAGAUGGGGCACCUAGACCAUCUUACGUUUUUAGUGCUGACCCGAUUGAAAGGCCUUCGGAAAUAAACUUUGAUGGCAUUAAGCUUGAUCUCUCUCAUGAAUUUUCUUUAGUUGCUUCAAGCGCUGAGGUAAAUAGUUUGGAAUCCAAAGAUUAUCUCCAGGUUUGUCUUCGAAUAAGACCAUUAACACAGUUAGAAAAGGAACAUGAAUCUGAGGGCUGUGUGUGUAUUCUGGAUUCACAGACUGUUCUGCUUAAAGAUCCCCAAAGCAUCAUUGGUCAGUCAACUGAGAAAAGCUCUGGGCAGAUGGCACAGAAAUUCAGUUUUUCCAAGGUUUUUGGCCCAGAAACUACACAGAAGGAAUUCUUUCAGGGUUGCAUUGAGCAGCUAGCAAAAGAUCUCUUGAAAGGACAAAGUCGACUGAUUUUUACUUAUGGGGUAACCAACUCAGGAAAAACAUACACAAUUCAAGGGACAGAAGAAAAUAUUGGUAUUCUCCCUCGAACUUUGAAUGUAUUAUUUAAUAGUCUUCGGGAAAAACUGUAUACAAAGAUGAACCUUAAACCACAUAGAUCCAGAGAAUACUUACGGUUAUCACCAGAUCAGGAGAAAGAAGAAAUUGCUUGCAAAAAUGCAUUGCUUCGGCAAAUUAAAGAGGUUGCUAUGCAUAAUGACAGUUCUGAUACUCUUUAUGGAAGUUUAAUAAACUCUUUGAAUACCCCAGAGUGUGAAGAAUCCGUGAUAGAUUGUGAACAAGCUAGCUUAAAUAUGGAUGAUAAUAUAAAAUUUUCUGUGUGGGUUUCUUUCUUUGAAAUUUAUAAUGAAUGCAUUUAUGACUUGUUUGUUCCUGGAUCACCCAAGUUUCAAAAGAGAAAGAUGCUGCGCCUUUCCCAAGAUGUAAAGGGCUAUUCUUUUAUAAAAGACCUUCAAUGGAUUCAAGUAUCUGAUUCCAAAGAAGCAUAUAGACUUUUAAAAGUAGGAAUAAAGAACCAGAGUGUUGCCUUCACAAAACUGAAUAAUGCUUCUAGUAGAAGUCACAGCAUAUUCACUAUUAGAAUAUUACAGAUUGAAGAUUCUGAAAUGCCUCGUGUACUGCGAGUCAGCGAAUUGUCUUUAUGCGAUCUUGCUGGUUCAGAACGAAGCAUGAAGACACAGAAUGAAGGCGAAAGGUUAAGAGAGACUGGAAACAUCAACACUUCUUUAUUGACCCUUGGAAAGUGUAUUAAUGUUUUGAAGAACAGUGAAAAGUCAAAGUUUCAACAGCAUGUGCCUUUUCGGGAAAGUAAACUUACCCACUAUUUUCAAAGUUUUUUUAAUGGUAAAGGGAAAAUAUGUAUGAUUGUCAAUAUCAGCCAGUGUUGUUUUGCCUAUGAUGAAACACUCAAUGUAUUGAAGUUCUCAGCCACUGCACAAAGAGUUUUUGUUCCAGACACUUUAAAUACCUCUUUAGGAAAAUCAUUUGCACCUGUCAAGUCUUCUCAGGAUACAUCAUUAGACAUUAAUGAUUUAGACAAUAAAACAUUAAAUGUAAAAAGAACCACCAUUUCAUGGGAAAGUAAUCUUGAAGAUCUGGCGGAAGAUGAAGAUUUGACUGAGGAUCUAGAAAAAGCUGAAGAAAACAAAAAUGUGGGAACUGAAUUUACUGAAGAAGAUCUAGAUCAAACUUUAGAGGAAGACAAGGCUCUCAUUAGUCAAGAGAAGAGAAAACUAUUGGAUUUAAUUGAAGACUUGAAAAAAAAGCUGAUAAAUGAAAAAAAAGAAAAGUUAACAUUGGAAUUAAAAAUUCGAGAAGAAGUUACACAGGAGUUUACUCAGUAUUUGGCUCAACGGGAAGCUGACUUUAAGGAAACUCUCCUUCAGGAAAGAGAGAUAUUGGAAGAAAAUGCUGAAUGUCGUUUGGCUAUCUUCAAGGAUUUAGUUGGUAAAUGUAACCUUCAAGAAGAACCAACAAAUGAAGAUCCUGCCAUGAAAGUUGAAACUGAAGGAACACAUAAUUGUAUAGGAAUUGAAGACAUUAUUGAUUCUCUUCAAGAUGAUGUCACUGAUAUUAAGAAACAGGCUGAAAUUGCUCACUUAUAUAUUGCAUCUCUUGCUGACCCCCAGGAAGCAAUUGCUUGUUUAGAACUAAAGUUUAAUCAAGUUAAAGCUGAAUUAGCUAAGACCAAAGAAGAAUUAAUUAAAACCCAAGAAAAGUUAAAAAAGAGAGAAAAUGAAUCAGAAAUUAAUUUAAAUUCAUUGGUUCAAGAGCUUGAGAACUCUAAUAAGAGAAUAAUUAUGCAGAAUCAGAGAAUUGAAGAAUUGAUAGAUAUAAUUGAGCAAAAAGAGGAUACUGUCAACAAGUUUCAGAACCUAAAGUCUCAUAUGGAAAACAUACUUAAAGACAGUGACAACACUGAUGCAUCUUCUUUAAUAAUAAAGAAUAAAUUGACUUGUCCUGAAAUAGUUGAAGUACCUGAGGACAGCAAAACUAAAACCUCUUCAGGAAGAAAAAGAUCAAAUGAAAAUGAACUUCUUCAGCAAGAUGAACCACCAGCAAAGAAAGGACCUAUAUAUAUUAGCAGUUCUAUCUCUGAAUACCGCAAGAAAAGUGAAGAUAUGCAGCAAAGCAUUUCCAAAGAAAAGGAAGACAUUAGAGUUUUAAAAAAAAACAAUGAAGAGUUGAAAACACAUUUACUCAUUGUUGAGAAUGAAUUUAUAAAUGAAAAAGAAGAAAAAGCAGAAUUAAAUAAACAGAUUGUUAGUUUGCGGGAGGAACUUUCUUCUUCUGAAAAAAAGAUUUUUAAUUUAAGUAUAGAGGUCCAACAAAUUCAAUCAAAAUAUGAAAAUGCAAUUUCUGAAUUACAAGUGCAGAAAGAUAUAAAUCAAGAACAGGAAGAAAAGAUUAUGAAACUGUCAGAGGAGAUAGAAACUACUAGAAAAAACAUCACAAAUAAUGUUUCAAAAAUAAAAUUAAUGCAGACAAAAAUAGAUGAACUACAUAUGCUUGAUUCAGGUUCUCAGAUCUCAGACAUAGAUUUACUUAGUCUCAGGGAUCUGUCAAAUUGUUCUCAGGAGGAUAAUUUGCUGAAUACGCAGUUACACCUUCUAGGUGAUGAUUAUUUGGUAAGUAAGCAGAUUAAAGAAUCUUGUAUUCAAGAACUCAGUCGAGAAAGUUCUUUCCACUCUAGUAUUGAAGCCAUUUGGGAAGAAUGUAAGGAAAUUGUGAAGGUCUCCUCCCAAAAAAGUCAUCAUAUCCUGGAACUGGAACAAGAAGUUGAAAAAUUACAGGUAGAAGUGAAAGGCUAUAAAGAUGAAAAUGACAGACUAAAGACAGAAGAGAGGGAGAAUAAGAAUCAAGAUGACCUACUAAAAGAAAAAGAAAGUCUUGUACAACAGCUGAAAGAAGAACUGCAAGAAAAAACCAUUAGUCUUAGUGUUGAAGUACAGCAUGUAGUUGAAGGAAAGAGAGCACUUUCAGAGCUUACACAAGAUGUUAUUUGUUACAAGGCGAAAAUACAGGAACUGGAAACAAUUUUCGAGGCACAGAAAGACAAAUACAGUUGUUCAGCCAAGUUAGAACAAGAAAUUUUAGAAAAGGAGUCUGUCAUCCUUAAGCUGGAAAGAAAUCUAGAGGAAUUUCAAGCAAGUCUUCAGGAUUCUAUCAAAAACACCAAAGAUUUAAGUGAAAGAGAAGUCAAACUGAAAGAAGAAAUCACACAAUUAACAAAUAAUUUGCAAGAUGUGAAGCACUCACUUCAACUAAAGGAAGAAGAAAACGAAACCAACAGACAAGAAACGGAAAAAUUGAAAGAGGAGCUAUCUGCAAGCUCAGCUCUUACCCAGAAUCUGAAAGCGGAUCUUCAGAGGAAAGAAGAUGAUUAUGCUGAGCUGAAAGAGAAACUGGCUGAUGCCAAAAAGCAGAUUGAGCAAGUACAGAAAGAGGUCUGUGUCAUGCGUGAUGAGGAAAAAUUACUGAGGAUUAAAAUUAAUGAACUGGAGAAAAAGAAAAACCAGUGUUCUCAGGAAAUAGAUAUGAAACAGCGAACUAUUCAACAACUCAAGGAGCAGUUAAAUAAUCAUAAAAUGGAAGAAGCUAUACAACAGUAUGAGAAAGUUUGCAAAGAUCUAAAUGUUAAAGAGAAAAUAAUUGAAGAUAUGCGAAUGACACUGGAAGAACAAGAGCAAACUCAGGUAGAACAAGAUCAAGUACUUGAGGCUAAAUUAGAGGAAACGGAAAGAUUGGCCACAGAAUUGGAAAAAUGGAAGGAAAAAUUCAAAGAUCUGGAAACCAGAAGUAAUCAAAGUUCAAAUAAAGAAUUUGUGGAUAACACAGAUAUACUUAGUGAAAAGCUCAGUAAGCUUCAAGAUGAGUUACAGGAAUCUGAACAGAAAUAUAAAGCUGAUAGAAAAAAAUGGUUAGAAGAAAAAAUGAUCCUUAUCACCCAAGCAAAAGAAGCUGAAAACCUACGAAACAAAGAGAUGAAAAAAUAUGCUGAAGACAGAGAACGCUGUUUAAAGCAACAGAAUGAAGUGGAAAAACUUACAGAACAGCUGGCAGAGAAAGAUACUGACCUCCAGAGAUGGCGAGAAGAACGAGAUCAACUGGUUGCAGCUUUAGAAAUACAGCUGAGAGCACUGAUCUCUAGUAAUGUACAGAAAGAUAAUGAAAUUGAACAAUUAAAAAAGACCACAUCAGAGGCUUCUAAAAUGGAAAAACCAAGUGUGGAAAUCAUACCCAGACAUAUUAAUUCAACAGAUCCUGGUGGAGUAGAAACUGAAACUCAACCAACAAGUUAUGAAAUUUCUACAAAUGAAGUUGAGGAUGGAUCUGUAGUCCUUGACUCUUGUGAAGUGUCAACAGAAAAUAUUCAAAUGACUCGGUUUCCAAAACCUGAGUUAGAGAUUCAGUUUACACCUUUGCGGCCAAACAAAAUGGCAGUGAAGCACCCUGGUUGUACCUCACCAGUGACAGUUAAGAUUUCCAAGCCCAGGAAGAGGAAAAGUAAUGACAUGGAGGAGGACUUGGUAAAGUGUGAAAAUAAGAAGAACACUACACCCAGAAGUAAUUUGAAGUUCCCUGUUUCAGAACAUAGGAAUUCUUCUGUCAAAAAGGAGCAAAAGAAAACGUAUUCUUUACGGAGUCAGGCAUCCACAAUUAGUGUAAACUUGGCCACUAAGAAAAAAGAAGGAACACUGCAAAAAUUUGGAGACUUCUUACAACAAUCUCCAACAAUUCUUCAAUCAAAAGCAAAGAAGCUAAUUGAAACAAUAAGCACUUCAAAGCCGGUAAAUAUGAAUGCAAGCAAAGAAAAUGCAUCUCGACCAAAACGAGCCAAACGGAAAUUAUACACAAAUGAAAUUUCGUCUCCUAUUGAUAUAUCUGGCCAAGUGAUACUGAUGGACCAGAAAGUAAAGGAAAGUGAUCACCAGAUUCUCAAACGACGACUUCGAACAAAAACGGCUAAAUAAAUCCUUUGUGGAGAAUGUUUUAAUAUAGAUUUUAUUUCCAUAAUCAUAGUAACUUACAUCCUUACCUUUUUAAGAUGCUUGUAUAUAUUAUGAUGAACUAAAUCACUCUGUAUAUCAAUUGCUGUUUUAUACAUGUUGUAAUUUUACUUCAAUAAAGAA